AGAAGGAGCAGCGGCAAGCGGAGGCUGCUGCUCCCAGACCUAAGGGCUGAGGCCACCUCUGCGCGGAGCAAGGGCCUGCCACUCCGCCUCCGUAAGUGGGGGCCCAACUGCCUUCAGGGAGCGGAAGAGCCCAGCGCGCUGGCUGGGCCCUGAGGGUGCACGUGCUGACCUCUGUGGGGUCUUGGUACCCAUGUGCGCUUUGUGCCUCGUGCACGUGGCUUCUGGGAACUUUGAAGAGCGCAGAGCGUGCCAGUAGGAACCGCCCGUGCCCCCUGCAGAGAGGGAGGGGCCAGGUGUGAGCAGCCAAGCUCCCGGCCCCACCUGGGCUUCUGUGUGGACAGUUCCUGCCCCGCUCAGAACCUGGAGAGAGCAGCUCAGCCCCCACCCAUCCGCAGGUGCCCAGCCGGGCAGAGGCUGCUACAGAGGCUGCUACGAGGAAGUUCUUGGGGAGAGAGCGGCCGGGCCAGCCUGGUGCCCCCUUCUCCUGCGCUGUGGCCAUCUGAGCUGUCUGGGCUGCAGCCGCCCUUGCCCCACCCAGCGAGGGUCCCUCCUCCCGAGUGUCUGGAAGGUCGCUGGCCCCAGAGGAAAUGCCUGUUACCAGCGGGAUGGGCAGCUGCCGCAGGAAGGUCCUCUGGGCUCUGGGCUUCCUGCUCCUGCUCGCAGACGGCUCCACCGGGAAGCUCUGGAGACGGGCGCUGCGCGGGAGGCUGGCCGAGAAGCCCCACCAGGCCGAGGAGGUGGGCGCGCCGGGUGGGCCCCGGCAGGCCCGCGCUGACCGCUGCCCGCCGCCCCCGCGGACACUGCCCCCUGGCGCCUGCCAGGCUGCGCGCUGCCAGGCCGACUCCGAGUGCCCGCGCCACCGGCGCUGCUGCUACAACGGCUGUGCCUACGCCUGCCUGGAGGCUGUGCCGCCCCCGCCAGUUCUAGACUGGCUGGUGCAGCCAAAACCGCGGUGGCUUGGUGGCAAUGGCUGGCUCCUGGACGGCCCCGAGGAGGUGCUACAAGAGGCGUGCAGCACCACGGAGGACGGGGCCGAGCCACUGCAAUGUCCCUCAGGCUACGAGUGCCACAUUCUGAGCCCCGGGGACGUGGCCCGGGGCAUCCCCAACCGGGGGCAGUGCGUGAAGCAGCGGCGGCCAGCAGGCCUCUUGAGCUCCGGGACGAAGCUUGAUCUCUGUUUUCCAGAUGGGCGGUUCCUGAGACACACGUUCUACAAAGAAUAUCCAGAGGGUGACUCGAAAUACGUGGCAGAACCUGGAAAGGGGCCGCAGAGGAGCUUCCAAUAGAGCAGCAGCAAGCAGCCCAGGCACAAGAAUGUUCCCCACUCUCCACCCAGCCUUCGAUGCAGGAAAGUGGCUUGACCCCCAGCGCUCCUGGCCCCGUCUCAGCUUGCCCCUGGCUGGAGCAGGACUGUGGGAGCCCCUGGCCAGCUCUGGGUCCUGCUCACCGCCCUGGACGCAGGCCCCUGCAGCUCCACGUGGGCUCUGCCUGGGAAGGCACCUCUGACGGUGAGGCCAAUAGCUCCUUCCCAGGUGGGGCUCGGCCACACCGUGCUUUCUGCAGAUUCCUUCCAGGUGUGACUGGAAGGCGCUCGCCCCUCCCAAGUGCUCUCCAAAUAAAUCCACCCUUGAUAUAA